AUGGAUUCCCUACCGAGAAGCCCAAGCCCCGAAUCUUCUAACAAACGUAUCAAUGAUGAUGCCUCUGACAACCCUCAACCCAAGAAGCAUCGCCGCAGCCGCCAUGACCCUGAGCCAGACUGGUCUGCACUAAUGCGCGAGAAGAUUUCUAAGUCUUCAAGCCGUGUUGGACAAGCUUGUGAUCGUUGCAAGCUCAAGAAGAUGAAAUGCACCCCCGAUUUUUACGGCUGCAGCUGCUGCCUCGCCCUCAAUCUUCCCUGCAAGGUCACAGACCGUGUGACCGGGGAGACCUUUGUUCGCGGCGCCGCAGGGAGGAUGUGUCAGGAGAUUGAUAGACUCCGCCAGGAGAGCGUCAACCAGAAGCAGCAGAUUGUCAACUGGCAGCAGAAGUGUGUGGAGCUUCAGCAGUCGCUAGACAGCGUGAGGGGACGUUUGGCCACUCCAUAUAGUGACGACUUUGGUAUCUACGAGGUAGGAGCAUACUUUUGA